AUGGCGUCACUCGGCGGUAACGAGUGGAGCGCUAUCUGCGACAAAUUCACCAACGCCCAAAACCUUACGGAGGUAGAAUCACGAAACGACCCCGAAAAUGACCCGUUCCGCUCCAAAUACAAGGCCAGGGAGCUCCUCAGAGAGAUAUUCUGCUCGCUUAAAUGUUUGGAAGCUGGCGAAGGUGAGGAGGAGAGCGGUGGGGAGAGCGGCGACCAGCGGCCGACAGAGCCGCCGGUGGACGGACAGAGGGAGGACUUGUUCGGUCAGGGCUUAAGCUGCGACUCGCCAGCCGGGAUGCGGGCCGCUAAACUCGGGGCUGUGGACUACUAUCUGGGCGUCAACCACGUCGACACAGAGGAGCUGUCAGCCGGACAGGAGCAUCUGAUGAACUGCAUGAAACUGCUGGAGAGAUGCAGAGUGUCAUCCGAGAAUGUGUCGCUGUUUAUCCAUGUCAGGAACCAGUUGGGAAUCCUUUGGGCAGGCCGGGAUGAGACGGAGACGGCUCAGGGUUUCCUUGAAACAGCAGAGUUCAUCUACCAACGUUAUAUGAAGGAGGAUGGGAGUCCCCCCACUGAUAUGACAGAGUACUUUACUACCGAGGAGAACCUGCUGACACAUCAGGAAAGGACCAAGAGGUUUGAGUUGGCCUACACCCAUACCAUGUACUACCUUGCUCAAGUCUAUCAAAACCUUGGUCAAACUGAGCGUGCUGCCACCUAUUGUCACAGUACCCUGCAGAGACAGUUACAGUUAAAUCAGUUCAAUCCAAUGGAGUGGGCACUGAACGCUGCUACACUAUCACAGUAUUACAUCACAAAGGGUCGAUACAUGGAAGGCAGACAUUGCCUCUCAGCAGCUACCGUCAUAUCAGGCUUGGCAGGAGAGGUUCCUUCUGAAGCUGCAGCACAGGAAAGUGAGACAGAGAGUGACCGUAGGGAACAGCUCAGACAAAAGAGAGCAGAGAUCGCGAGAUGUUGGAUCAAAUACUGUCUCAACCUCCUGCAGGAUGCUAAGAAGCUGCUAGAGGACAACAUUGGGGAGCUGGAUACUGAUCAUCAAGAAGAGUUGAAGAGAGCAAGAAGACGUGAGGAGGAGGAGGAAGAGAAGGGCAGGAAGAGCGCUCUGCUGUUUGGCUCUGAAGACACCUUUGAUUCCAUUGCUAGCCUGGAAGAGAAGGUGUGCUGUUUGUUCCCAUUGGACUUCACUGAGUCCAGAGCUGUAUUUCUAGUGGGACAGAAUUAUGUCACACAGGCUAAGGAGUACUUUCAAAUGGAUGGAUAUGUGACAGACCACAUAGAGAUCCUGCAGGAUCAUAGUGCUCUGUUCAGGGCCCUGGCUUUCUUUGAAGAGGAUCUGGAGCGGCGCUGCAAAAUGCACAAACGAAGAGUUGACAUGCUAGAGCCAAUCUGUAAUGACUUGAAUGCCCAGUACUACCUAUUGAUCCGCAGACAGUUGAUGUUUGAGUUGGCAGAGAUCUACAAUGAAAUGAUGGACCUGAAACUGACACUGGCCAACAGACAAGCAGACUCACAGUCGCUAGAUAACCAUACGAUUAAGAAAUUCAACCACCUCUGCUCUGCCUCUGCCAAGUACUUCCAGAUGUUCCUAGACUCUCUGUGUUCUCCAGAGGGGAAGUUUCCGGAGCACCUGGAAGAGGAGGUGCUCAGGCCCGCUCUGGUGGCCCGCUUCAGAGUAGCCCGACUGCACAGCAGGCUGAUCAGCUCUUCACCCCCUGUUCAGCUGGACAACCUCAACAAAUCUCUGGAAAACUACAAAUACGUGGUGCAGUAUUGUGAGGCCCACCCUGAGGCAGCAGCCUCUGUGGAGACGGAGCUGGAGCUGAGUAAGGAGAUGGUUGGCCUGCUCCCUCUCAAAAUCAACCGCCUCAAAGCGAGGAUGGCUGCAAACAACUGAAGGUCGCCACUGUUCACUGACUGACUUGUUGUUGGUUGAUUUGAUAAAUCCAUCCAGUUGAGACAGUUAGUCAAAGUUUAACACCUUAUAGUCAAUGGACACUCCCAACAAUUAGAGAAACUGGAUGGCAGAUUAACUGACUUUGUGGCUUACUGUAUUUGUAUUGGUGAUGGCCUCUUGUUUUUUGCAGUGGACAUCCUGCCUUCAUAAGACUGUUGAACACAUUACACGCUAAUUUGCUUUCUUCUGUGUAGUCAAAUGUGUGGUCAAUUUACUUUUAAUUCAGAUAGCACAGAAAGUAUAUUCAAAAUCAAUAUGACAAUGUUUUUUUCAUUGUACUAAAACAAAACAGAGAAUGGCCGGUGAUAUCUUUAUGUUUUCAACACCAGUGAAAAUUGAUUUAGACACUACUGUGGUUGAUCCCCAAACAAAGGGGUGUAAAAUAAAUGAAUAAAUAGGUCAUUUGUAGGUUUCAUUGCUAAAAUGUCAGAUGCUGCCUUUGAAAAUUUAAAAAAGCUGCUUUUUCAUCCUUAUGGCUCAUAUGUACAUGAAAGAUUUUUAUUUAUUUUGUUUUUUUAAAUUUUAUUUUACUGUUUAGAUGUCCUCUCUGACCCUACUCUGAUUCAUACUUGUAUUUUUUUAUUGUUAAUCAUAUUGGUUUUCAUUUAAUGUGUCUUUAUUUUCCUCAGCACACCAAAAUGUUGUUUCUUCAGCUACUUUGGCUCUGAUAGUAAAACAUAUGUUAAAGCCUCCUGUAACCAGCGUUACUAUAGACAUGCUAAUAACAACAGACAGCCAGAGGUUUAUUAGAAGUCAUAAUUUGCAUGAUGCCAGCUUCAUCCAGUUGAACCUGUGUGCUUUCUUCAUGUCUCUGAGGAAUCACACUGUCUUCCUGUUUUAUGUACAGUACGUGCUUUAUGUAAUGAUAUUAAACCAGUGAAGUAAAACACACUUCUGUCACAGUA